GCAUUCAGCCUGGGAGGCUCAGCUCAGGGUAAAAAAAAAACCCUAAUUCUUACUGUCACUUUAAACCACGCCCACCGGAUAUACGUAGCGUUUUCCCGGGAAAGCUCAGUUGCUGCUUGAGAAGAGAGUUUACUGAAGUUGAUGAAGAAGUGUCGCUAAGCAAUGGAGAAAAUAACAGAGAAACUCUUACUGGAGAAAGGCUCUCCAAAAACCAACAAGCUGGAUCAAAUCAAGACACUGAAUCUAUCCAAGCUCGGGCUGAACCCUCAGGACCUGCCGGUCAGGCUGCUGUCCCGUCUCCAGUCCCUGGAGCGGUGGGAUCUCUCUGGGAACAGACUGCAGGAGGUGCCCAAGAACCUGGAGCUUCCUGCGCUUCGCUACCUGGACCUCAGCGACAACCAGAUGGAGGAUGUUACCACGCUGGAGUCUCUCAGCGGUCUGGAAGAGCUCAAGAUGGAGGACAAUCUCUAUAUCACUGUGAGUGAUAAUUACAAGCUGAUGUCGUUGUUGCCCAAACUGAGGAUUUACAACGGUAAAGAUGUCAGCACUACUGCCAACCACUUACGCUACGUCUACAGUGAGAACCUGAGGACCAGGAUAAUCGCAGUGUGGGAGAAGAGCUUCUCUCUCCCGGAUCCCGUCACAGCAGAGAAAAUGUCCUCCUUGGAGAAAAACUUUGUCAACACUGCCCGUCAGCAGGUUAAAUAUGGACCCAGCUCAGUCAGUGACUUCACCAAAUGGAGGGUGGAGAUUAUUGCUAAGGAGUAUCUGCGCUCUCUGACGGACCCAAAGGAAGAACCGGAGAGCAAGGGGUCUCCAGACACCAAAGAGAACAGUGAGGUAUCAACGCCUACAAAGAGGAAACAAACUGUAUUAGUUGACACCAGCAUAAGCCUGACGCCUCGCAAGAAACUGCGCUCAGAUCUCCCAGUCUCCUCCGUUAAAGCCAGUCCUCGCAAGUCCAGCAUAAGCCUGACGCCUCUCAAGAAACUGCGCUCAGAUCCUCCAGUCUCCCCCGUUGAAUCUAGUCCUCGCAAGUCCAGCCUCAGCCGCAAGCUUCAGACGCUAACCCAGACCAGCACCGUCAGGAUGAGCCCCCGCAAGUUAAGUCAGCCUCCCUCAACCCCCACCAGAGGUCAGACGAGGGCGGAGACGCCCAAGAGAGGAUCUCAAGUGAGAAAAACCAAAGAGGAUGAUGGAGCUCAGAUAAAACAGAAAGGCCGAACAGAGCACCAGAGAGACGCUGAAUUACUGCCCUCAAUAAAGAUCGGCAGCAGAACACAGCCGGUGUGUCUGAAGCCUCUCCACGUCCUCCAGUGCCACAGUAAACAGGACAGCUCGGAGGACUUCUCCACCCAGCUGUGGGCCUGUGCUUUCCAGCCGCUGCCAGAUUCCACUGGCGCUGGAGGAGGAGGCCGAUUGGUCGCUACCUGUGGUGGAGACUCUCUGUGUGUAAUUGACUGUGAAGCCGGGAUGGUGAUGAAGAAGUACAAAGUUCCUGGAGAGGAGUUCUUCUCCCUCGCCUGGUCCACAGUGUUGAUGUCCAGGGGGGGCGGGGCCUCGGCUCAGCACUGCAGCAUUCUGGCCGCUGGUGGGAAAAGGGGACUGGUCAAGCUGAUCCAUCCCAGAAACAACGUGGCCUACGGGGAGUUCCGGGCCAGCCGCAAGGCGCUGUCUGUCCUCCGCUUCAACCACCACCAGGGAAACUUCCUCUUCACGGGCUCGUACGAUAAGAAGAUCUUGAUGUGGGACAUCGGUGGAGUGGAUAGCCAGUACAACUACAAAGUUGUUCAGCUGCUCGUGUUGGAGACCAGCACCACCCCUCUGCACAUCUGCCUCCCCCCCACUUCCCCCAGCGCUCACCUACUGACUGCCUGUGAGGACGGCCUGCACUGCUACAACACACUACUCGGCAACAACAACACCACAAAGAGGACCAAGGAGAUGGAGAUAAAUUUCCCUAUAUACAAGAAGGAAGACAAAGACCACGACUACCACACUGUUGAUGGCCUUAGUUUUCUUACGGAUGACAUAGUGGCCUCCAAGAACUACAUGCAUUGUUCCAUUUAUUUGUGGAGCUGGAGCAGAACCAAGUCCCAGCGGCCGGACAAGAAGGACAGGGCAGUUUGUGCUGUGGUUCUGGCUGAGCUGCAGUGGGCCAGCACUGAGAUUCCAUACCUGGCUCUCAACACCUGCCCAGGCCAAGCCUACAUAGUGUGUGGUGAUGACAAAGGCAGGCUGUGGACAUACCACGUCUCCAACUUGCAGAAAAACAGUCUCCACACUGGAAAACCCAUCCUUCCAACUGAGGUGUUGGAGUGGCCGACCCCGGUAAGGAAGGACCAGGGCCAGGUGGCGGGCCCCUCCAUCAACAGCGUAGCAAUGGACCCUGAGCUCCACUUCCUGGUGGCCUUAAGUGACAAGAAUAUGGUGAUCGUGUGGAAGAGAGAGAAUUCCUCCUGAGCAACACGAGCUGUGUGACUGAAGAUCAUGAUCAGGUGUUUUGAUACGAAUCAUUAGGUUUUUGUAACGGAAGAGAAUUUUGGUAAUUGUAAGCUAUGGUUUGUUUCCCGUAACACCAACAAGCUGCUCUGUCUCAGGCCACAAAGACAGACUGCAGUGAUCCUUUAUAAAAGAAAAUUUUGUUUUCAUAAUUUGUGUGGGGAAAGUGACUUUAAUGUUGAUGUCAGAGCAAAACAAUUGGAGUAAUAACAUUUUUUAGAAAGCAAAAUUUUAUCCUGAUGUAAAUAAACGUUGCUGCUGUUGAAAAUAGUGG